ACUUCGUUGCUCUGAUUGGUCGAGAAUGACGUAUCCGGAGCCACUUCCUGGUCCGUGUGCUCCCAGGGAGGAGGAGAGGUACUGCAGUGUUGUUAGUAUGGACAAAAUGGCUGCGAGACCGCCGUCAACGAGAGCUCAGUGAACGCCUACCGUGAGUGUCCGCUCCGCUGUCUGGAUCAACACAGAAUGUAUUUCCCCGGAGCCGUUACUCACUUUCCAUUUGCGGCAGCCAGCCCACUGCUAGUCGUCCAGCCGGCGACAUAAACAGAAACAUUACAAAAAAAAAUCUUUUGCACUUUAAAUCAAGUUGGCUGACGACUGUCGGCUUACCCAGCGAGAACUCAAUUGUGAUUUCUUUUUCUUUUUACAAAACUGCCUGAAUUCUCCGGUUUUGUACAACUUCGCGACGACGACUGACAACGCCAACCAGCUAACGAUAGCUUACAUAAUUUAGCUGCUUUUUAAGUCAUUUCAAUCGUGUUCGUUUUUUUCUUUUCUUUUUCUUUUUUUGUUUUGUUAUUAGUGGUGCUUCGUCCCCUUCCCCGCUCCAAGCUGUUAUAUUGUGACGUUUUCUUUUAACGAAGUGGUGUUUGGCGUCAGUUAUUUUACAAUUUAUGUAAUUUAUUUGCUAAAAGCAGAAAUUGCCGUACUUGCUGUGUGUAUAUCUGGCUGCGUAGCCGUUGUUUACCUCGGUAUCUCGACACCAAGCUGCUUCAGCAGCAGUCGGCUUAUCUAUCAAGUCCGACUUCAAUUGCGACUAAAUCUCUGCUCAAUCUCUUUACGGGUAAUUCUUGAGAAAAAAAGUCGGAAAAUAUCUGCUUUGCAUUUUUUUUCUGCCAUGCACCGAAUCUUCACUGAAAGCGGCCAAAGCUGUGAUUAAUGCAAGCUGAGAGAAGCUAGCACCACAAGAAAGAGAACCAUUUGAUGGAAGAAAAGAGAAGAAAAAAACAAGAAGAGAAGACAACGAAGGACGUCACUCAGAAAAAGGCUGCAGAUCAGAAACCCAAAGUGCCAGAGCCUGCUCCCACUAAGCCCAGCCCUGGUUCAUCUCACCACUUCCACCCCACCAGCCCCACGCUGCCCCGCUCCUCCUCCUCCUCCUCUUCCUCCUCCACUUCUUCUUCUUCUGGCAAUGGCAAGCACCCCCCCUGCGACAGCCAGCUCCCGACUCAGACUCCCCCUCAGCAACAGUGCCAGUUGUCCUCUGCCAGUGCUCGCUACCCGCCCAGAGAGGUGCCCCCGCGCUUCCGUCAGCAGGAGCACAAGCAGCUACUGAAGAGAGGCCAGCCGCUGCCUGCAGGAGCCCUCGCUGCUCUUGCUCCCUCCUCCUCCUCUCCCUCCUCCUCUUCACUCUCCUCAUCUUACUCCUCUUCCUCUACGAGUACCAUCAGCACUACCUUAAACUCUGCCACGUCUGCUGCGAGCAAACACCGCUCAGACAUAUCCCUCCAGAGUGGCCCUGGUGCCCACAAUGAGACCUCUCAUUGGAGAUCUUCUGCACCAGUUGACAGCCCCUCAUGUACCAACAGCUGGGACAAAGUGAUUAUUGACAGAAGUGACACAGAGACUUGGCCAUCCAUCAGUCGUAGUAUUGACCCCAGUCACCCUACAAAAUCAGAAUGCCCCUUGGGCUCAGCUAGCUCUAAUCUAGACAUCAGUGUCGUCACUACUAGUAGUCGGAGUGGUUUUCUGAGUAUGGCCACAGGUGCCGCAGGCCAGCAGGCCCACUACAACUCUAUCAAAACAAAUAAUAAUAUGAUGAUGACUGGACCCGUGUCAAGCAACACAUUAGCAGGCAAUAGAGGCUGGGGAUCUGAUGGGAAAAAAGAAGGAAUGAAUGGUGGCAGAGUUGGAGCUCCCAACAGUUGGGGAUCACCCAGUUAUAACUUGAACCUUAACCCCAAUGCCAACCCAUCAGCCUGGCCUGUUCUGGGCCAUGAAGGUGGCGGUGGUGGUGUUAUUGGCCCCAAUGGGGUUUCCAACUCUUCGUCCCUCCCGCCAGGUAUAAAUGGCAAUGGAAACAUUGGAAAGGGGAACGCAGAUAACGGCGGGGGAGGUUGGGUCAGCAUGAUAAAUGCUAAUGAAAAUGAUCAGCAGCACCCCUCAGCCAACACAAACUUAUCCUUCAAAAUGGAGCCUGCUAACCUUAACACUGACGGACCAAACUACACUAAACAGCAACAAGCUCAGGAGCCAAUGAGCCCUAUCCACGGCGUAACUGGCUGGGGAGGCCAAUCACCCACUGAAUCAUCCCAGCUUAAUGGUGAUACCACAGGCAGCUCUGUAUGGGGUAGUGGAGAAUCCAAGGCAGCCGAGUCCCCCAAAGGCUCAGGCUGGGACUCUGCUCCUUCUGGAGGCCCUUCUGCCUGGGACCGCCAAGGCAGUGGCUGUGGGAAUAGUGGAAGUUGUGGCUGGGGUGACUGGGAUAAAUCUUCCAGUGGUGGAGAUGCAUCUAAAGGCUGGGACUCAGUAGAUGCUGGUAGUUCUGGUUCAGGCCAGGAGCAGCACAUUAGCUCAUGGGGCAAACAAUCUGGGACAGCUCCAGCUAGUGAGGAUAGUGGGGACAGCAGCGAAGGUCGAUCCUCUAACAGAGACAGAUCCUCCAGCAUGGAUUUUACCCCUGUGCUGCCCCGGCAGGACCUAGACCCCAGAGUGCUGAGUAACACAGGUUGGGGACAGACCCCCAUCCGACAGCACACAGUAUGGGAGAUGGAGGAAGCCAACUCUGAUGACGGAAAUAGCAAUAGCAGCUCAGACACGAUAGGAGACCCGAGCGCUAGUGGUGGGCCUUCGUCUACCAAUGGAGGUGUUAUUACCUCUAACAUUGGACCCAGUCAGAGACCUGGUUCUGGAGGAAAAAGUGACAGUGAAGGAUCACCAUCCUCUGGCUGGGGAGCUCCUCCACCUCAGCAAAUUCAGACUGGAUCAGGAUGGGGGGAACCCCAACCUUCACUCAACAAAGCCCCAAAUGGCACAGCCAGUGGUUGGGGAGACCCUUUAUCUAGCAAUGGUUCUAAAAGUGGGGGCACCCCAUCCUGGGGUUCAGAUGAUAAGUCACCCAACUGGGACGAUGGUCAGAAGAAAAACCAGCCUACCAGCUGGGGCGAGAGCCAGAAAAACUCUCAUAGUUGGGGCAAUAGUAAUGGGAGCUCCAAUGGCUCCACCACAGGAGAGUGGGGGCCAGAUGUCAAGACCAAUGGGUCUUCUAGUAGCAUGUGGGAAGGAGAAGGAGGUAAUGGAGGAACUGGCGGAUGGAAAGAAAGCCCUAGAGGAGGAGUUAGAGGAGGAGGGUGGGGUAAACCCACUCCUGCUGUGAAUAACAGCAACUGGGGGGAGACGUCACGUACCAGUGGCCCAGUUCAGGGAAGCUGGGGCUCUUCCAAGCCCCAGGAAAGCAGCAGCAGCGGCAGCAGUACUGGAAGUGGAGGAUGUGUCAGCAUCGGUUCCUGGGGCGGCCCAGGCUCUGUGAAGCAGAACAGCUCUAGCUGGGGAAAUGUCAGCAAACAGGACCAGGGUAUGGAGCCCACCGGCUGGGAGGAGCCCUCUCCUCCCUCCAUUCGCAGGAAGAUGGAGAUUGAUGAUGGAACAUCAACCUGGGGGGAUCCCAACGCCUACAACAAGACAGUCAACAUGUGGGAUCGUAACAAUCCCAGUAACAACCCAGGCAACAACGGCCCACCUUCCAGCAAGAAUGGUGGAAUGAUUAUGCCCAACAAUAACAACAAUCAUCAUCACCCUCAUCACAUGCACCACCAUCCCCACCAAAGCCAGCCCCCAACUCACCUGCAGCACCAAGGAAACAACAAUGGGUCACCCAACAAUGCUGCCUCACAUCCAAGUGCAGGCCCCCAGGGUAGAGCCCCCCUCGCCAAUCCAGGUUGGGGAGAGCUUCCCAGCGUUCAGCCCAUCUCAGAGCCUGCCUGGGGAGAGCCAGCAGCUCCAACAUCCACCGUGGACAAUGGUACCUCUGCAUGGGGAAAACCUCCAGGUGGUGUAGGGGGAUGGGGGAACGGUGGCCAUGAGCCCCCUGGACCUUAUGUCAGGGCCAAUGGAACCACAGGUUCUGCACCUUGCAAGCCAGGUCCCAAACCUAUGCAAGAUGGCUGGGGAAGUGGAGGAGAGGAGAUGAGUAUGUCAACCAGCCAAUGGGACACAGAGGAUGGAGAUGUAUGGAACAGCCCCACCUCCCAGGAGAGCAGCUCUUCUUGUAACUCUUGGGGUAACGGAGCCAAGAAGUGUCCAAGCAAGGGGAAGAUUGGCAGUAAACCAGAUGAGGCUUGGAUCAUGAAUCGUCUCAUCAAACAGCUCACUGAUAUGGGCUUUCCGAGAGACCCUGCAGAGGAGGCACUGAAGAGCAACAAUAUGAACCUUGACCAGGCCAUGACUGCCCUGUUAGAGAAGAAGACAGACCUGGACAAGCGAGGCAUGGGCAUGUCUGAUUACAGCAAUGGCAUGAACAAGCCACUGCUGUGUCGGCCUUCUGCACUCUCCAAAGACCCCUCUGACUGCACUACCUUUCUGGACAAGGAUGGUAUCCUGUCAGAUGACGCCCCCCCAUCACCAUUUUUGCCUUCCCCCAGCCUGAAGCUCCCCCUGGCCAACAGUAGCCUUCCUGGGCAGGGUCUGGGACAGGGCAACCCGGGGCUGGCCAUGCAAAACUUGAACAACAGACAGAUACCCAGUGGAAUGUUUGGCAGUAGUGGAGCAGCACAAACCCGGGCCAUGCAGCAGCAGCAGCAGUCUCCACAGCCACCAGUGCCACCUCUCAGCUCCUCCCAGCCUAGUCUACGUGCUCAAGUGCCUCAGUUUCUCUCCCCUCAGGUCCAAGCACAGCUCUUGCAGUUUGCAGCAAAAAACAUUGGUCUUAACCCUGCACUUUUAACCUCACCAAUAAACCCUCAACAAAUGACCCUGUUGUACCAACUUCAGCAGCUGCAAAUGGCGUACCAGCGUUUACAAAUCCAGCAGCAGAUGAUGCAGGCGCAACGCAAUGUUUCCGGCCCCAUUAGGCAACAAGAGCAGCAAGUUGCACGUACAAUCACCAACAUGCAGCAGCAGAUCCAGCAGCACCAGCGUCAGCUGUACCAGGCGCUGCUGAUGAAGCAGCAGCAGCUUCCCUCUCAUUCCACCUCGUCCUCCUCUUCCUCUGCGGGUCUACACGCCCCUGGUGGCCCCAACGUGGGCCCUGGUUCAGGAAAAUCAACCCUGGACCCUUUCACAGGUCCACACCAGGCUCCGGGCCUCGCUGAAACACUGCACACCAAAGAGCCGCCGUCUUCGCCCAAUGCCUACAGCACCUACCCUCUCUCUGGACUGAAUCCAAACAUGAAUGUAAACUGCAUGGAUGCCGGGGGUCUGUCUCUGAAGGAGCCCCCUCAGCCCCAAUCCCGCCUGUUCCAGUGGACACACUCAAACUCAAUAGACAACCUCUCCGGCAACUCUUCAAACCUGGAGAAUAACCUCAGUAAGCACAGUGCCAUAUCUGCUGCCUCUACCAUGAUUCCCCCUGGGAAGCCUCCCCAGCUGGAGGACUCAUACAGCCCUUACAAUCUAAUCUCCAACUCUGAGUCCACCACAAGUUCCUUGGUCCCUCCUGACAGCUGGGGUCAAGGCAAGAGCCCCAAUGAAAAAAUCUCAAAUGGGACCAACAUUAACUGGCCCCCAGAGUUCUGCCCAGGCGUGCCAUGGAAGGGCCUUCAGAACAUCGACCCUGAGAACGACCCCAAUAUGACCCCUGGUAGCGUCCCCAGCGGUCCCACCAUCAACACCAACAUCCACGAUGUUAACCGAUACUUGCUGCGAGACAGGAAUGGAGGUAAGCUGUCUGACAUGAAGUCCACAUGGUCCCCUGGACCCAUCUCUCAGAGCCAAGCCUCUUUGUCCCAUGAGCUGUGGAAAGUCCCUCAGGGGCCUCGAAGCACCACAGCCCCAUCCCGGCCCCCACCAGGCCUCACAAACACCAAGCCAUCCUCCACUUGGGGCGGAAACUCACUGGGCCUGGCCCAAGGCUGGAGUGGCUCCUACUCCUCUGAGGGAACCACGUGGAGCACCGACAGCUCCAACAGGACCAGCAGCUGGCUUGUGCUGAGGAAUCUCACCCCACAAAUUGAUGGCUCAACUUUGCGGACCCUGUGCAUGCAACAUGGCCCCCUGAUAACAUUCCAUCUCAACCUGACCCAGGGGAACGCUGUGGUGCGCUACAGCUCCAAAGACGAGGCUGCCAAGGCCCAGAAGUCACUGCACAUGUGCGUGCUUGGAAACACAACGAUCCUGGCUGAGUUUGCUGGGGAGGAGGAGGUUAACCGCUUCUUUGCACAAGGCCAGUCGUUAGGGGCAAACACCACGAGCUGGCACGCCAAUCCAGGAACCAAUCAAAAUCGAAUGGCCGAGGCAAAUCAAUCCCAUUCAAUCGGCCAGUGGAGCAGCGGGGCUGGAGGGAGCAAGGCCAGUGGGGGCAAUCUGCUGUGGAGCGGGGUGCCCCAGUAUUCCCGCCUGUGGGGACCGCCUAGUGGAGAGGACACCCGUGUCAUUGGGAGCCCCACCCCUGUUAACACCCUGCUGCCUGGAGAUCUGCUGAGUGGGGAGUCCAUGUAAGGAGAUGCCCUGGUGUAUAAACUCACCGCCACCAUGUUUAUGGUGGAGGGUGAUGGGGGGGGGGGGGCUAACUCCAAACAAAAAUGGUCAAAAUAAGCAAGAGCAAAACCCAAGCAAAUCAUGUGGCGAUAAUCAGUAUCAAUUUAAACUGUUUUGAUCUGUGAAUUGUGAACCAGAAGGCUGGGGUUCCCGACCCAGACUGCAGACCCCAGUCCCUCUGCUUCACUACGCUCUUCUUUGUAUUUCAUUUACUUCGUUUCUUUUGGUAUUUUUUGAAGCGCACCAUAUAAAAGUAACUGAAAAUAGACUCAAAGAAACACCCAAAGGGUUUCUUUGUUUUGUUUUGUUUUUCCAUAAAUAUAUAUGACAUUCUGUGUGACGUGUUUUUAAAAGAAGCAAUCAAAGCUGCCAUGUGAGACUUUCCUUUAAAAGAGAAAAAAAACAAAAUUCAUCCCAAAAUAACACUUAAAAACAACCAUUCCCACCACAUCCAUGGCCAAUGAUGUUGUUCAAAGACCUUUACUAGUUAUGUUAAUGUUUGUUUCUCAGCACUAAAAUUAGCCUUAAGUGCUCUCUGGCCCAGGUCUUUCCCAAGCCGCCUUUUUUUUUUUUUAGUUUAUUUUGUAACUGAAGAAAUAGCUGAAAUCUUGCACAGAUCACCUCUGAGCCAACACGUGGUACAGGACACAGCUGGUGACCGACUUACUCACCAGGCAGUAAGGAGGCCUGGCCACCUGACUGGCACUACCAAUCAUCAGCUCAGUUAGUUUGAGUUUUCUCAAAGGGAUUGACACGGAUGUUAAAUGCUUUGUUUUUUUAAAGUGUUAAUCCCAGCUAAUUUUUUUACAUCGAUCAAGAGAAAUAAGCUGAGAGAAGCUUAACUGUCAACCUCUGUGUGUGUGUGUG